CCCAAUAGAAAAGAUGAAACAAAAUUGAAAGCGUCGACGUUAUCCAAAACCCAGCUGCCACUUCUCUUUCACUUUUGAUAGCCAUGUCCCGAGGAACGGAGAAGCUUAUAAAGAGUGUAAAGCAAUUUGCAGAUACCCAAUAUAAGUUCUUCUCAACUAGAUAUGGACAACAAGUGAUUGACAUUUUGGAGUUCCCAAUCAAAGUAGUGCUCUCUCCGUUCACUCUUGCCUUUGACAUUGCUGGGUCCGCUCCUCGUGGGUUUGGCAUCCCCGAGUUUAUCUCCAAGCUUUCUCAUACUUCUAUCUUUGCUAUUGCUGCUUUUGGAACCUAUGAUAUUGCUUUAGAGCUAGGAAAGAAGGUGAUAUGUCAAAGGAACUGUCGUACUUGCAAUGGAUGGCAAGCUUUGCGGUGUACUAUGUGCAAAGGAUCAGGGAAAGUGCACUAUCAAGUGAAAACUCAUUCCUUGAGAAGUGGGGAGAAGGCAACUGCAGAAUGUGUUGCAGAUGCUAUUGCUGAUAAUCGAGCAGAGUUAGUGCACCUCCCAUCUGCCAUUGAUCUUAAUGCACCGUUGCCGUCUAAAGAAUGCCCAACUUGUGAUGGAACCGGAGUAAUGCACUGUCCCGAAUGCAAGCGCAAAAUACAAGUCAGGAUCUCUGCGGAUGAUAUAAUGGAACCUCCAUGGAAAGCCUAUAACAUCUUAAGGAAGAUGGACUAUCCGUAUGAGCACAUUGUUCACAGCAUGAAAGACCCCAGCAUUGCAGCUUUUUGGUUGCUUACCCUGCCUCAGAUUGUGGGUGGACUCGAGUAUGAUGAUGAUGUGAAGCAGAAAAUUUGGUGGCAAUACAAGGAAUCAAUGCGGUAUGACCAACUACGGGAUGUAGUGGCAAAGCGAAAUCCAGGCUGGGAGCACUUGCAGGAAGGCUUGAUUACCCUAGAUCCUGUUCGUGCGAGGGAUGACCCUGUUGUAGUGAAAAAUGUUCCUUAUUACAAGGCCAAGAAAGCAUUGGAGGCCGAAGUCAUGAGACUAGAUCCUCCUCCACGGCCACAAAAUUGGGGUAAUCUGGACCUUCCCCUAAAUGCAUCUUCGUGGAGCGAAGAUGAUCUUAAAGAUCCAGCAAAACUGUAUGAAAUGACUGUUCUUCUUAAUGCUCAACGAGAAAUUGCUGAUAAACUUUUAGAUGCGCAAUGGGAAACCAAAUGGCGUCAAGAGAAGUUAAAUGAGAUGUUGGAGGAGAAGGUGCGACCGUACAUUCAGAACAUUGAUAAUGGCGUCCUUCCUCAACCGAUCGUAAUACCAUCACAAACUGGGAAUCAAAAGAGGGGUAGAAGGAAGAGAUGGCUAUUCUUCUAAAUCAUAUCAACCCAUUUUUGUAUCUAUUUAUAGCCAUGGCUAUGACUCAAUUUUCCAAUCUUGUAUUUGUGAUUUAGGCAUGAAUAUUAUUCAAUAAACUUUUUCAAGGUACGAGCCGGUAGACUUGAUUCAUAUCGGCUCUGGAUCAUGUAAUUUGUACUUGGGUUGAAUUACUCUUAUAAAAGUAUUUUUAUUUGAAUUUAAUUACAAAA